AAACGUUUGGCGAAUUUGAUAGGGUAUUGCUGUGAAGGCAAUGAGAGAUCGCUUGUGGCUGAGUUUAUGCCUAAUCAAACUCUCUAACCAUCUAUUUCAUAGUAAGCUCACUUCCACUGGGGAUCUCACCUCAUGAAAGGGGCUAUGAGGUUGCGAGUGGCUCUGCAUCUGGCACAAGCUUUAGUGUAUUGUAGCAGCAAAGGGCAACCAUUGUACCAUGAACUGAAUGCUUCUAGAGUCCUGUUUGAUCAGGAUGGAAAUCCCAGACUGUCCUGCUUUGCCCUAAUGAAGAGAAGCAAUAAUCGCAAGAGCUACAGCUCCAACCUGGCUUAUCUUCCAGAGUACACCAGGACAGGAGGAGUGAUACCAGAAAGUUUGAUCUAUUACUUUGGGACCUUAUUGCUUGAUUUGCUCAGUGGCAUGCAUACCCACCCAAGCCAUCUUCUUAUAUGA